AUUGACAAAACGCUUGAGACCGGUUGUAUUACAAUCACAUGCCGCUUACUACCAACCGAGCGCCGUACUAGAAAAGCGUCGUACUACUAUAGUACUAUUCUUGGUCUUUUACUGAAAGUUAUCCCCACCGCUCAUCACAUCUAGUUUGCUUGCUCAGCCCGCAGACCUUCACGCUUACCACCCGCUUCAAAUUCUCAUACCAGUCCAGGCUCAUUGUGUUGCCUAGUACUUACAUCUCAACGCAGACCUAAUACUCCAGGAGCAUUCAAGAAUACAAUUUAGACAAAAUGAUUAGAACUGCAUUGACUGAACUUCUGGGCAUCCGUGUGUAAGUUAAUGUACGUCUGCUGUUCGGAAGACAUAUUUACGUCUUGUUCCGCUCUCGACAGGCCAGUAGUACAAGGGGGUAUGCAAUGGGUCGGAAAACCUCCACUUCCUGCAGCCGUGUCGAACGCGGGAGGUCUUGGGUUAAUCACCGCACUUACGCAGCCGAAUCCCGAAGCUUUGCGCACUGCGAUUCGUGAAACACGCGCAGUAACUGACAAGCCCUUUGGCGUCAACAUUACAAUCCUACCCUCAAUUAACCCACCAGACUAUGAAGGUUUCGCGCGUGCAGCUGUAGAAGAGGGUGUCAAGAUAUUUGAAACAGCAGGGAAUAACCCGGGAAAGCUCAUCCACUUCUUCAAGUCGCAUGGGUGCAUUGUGAUACACAAGUGCACCACGAUUCGACACGCCAAGUCCGCAGAACGACUAGGUGUCGACGUUGUGAGUAUCGACGGUUUCGAAUGUGCUGGUCACCCUGGAGAGGAGGAUAUUGGUGGCCUUGUUCUGCUUGCAAGAGCCGCGCAAGAACUCAAAAUACCCUACAUUGCGUCGGGCGGAAUCGCAGAUGGCCGUGGAUUGGCUGCUUGUCUCGCACUCGGUGCCGCUGGAGUGAACAUGGGUACACGCUUCAUGUGCACAGUUGAGAGCCCUAUCCACCAAAACAUCAAAGAGAAAAUUGUCGCCUCCACCGAAUAUGAUACCACCCACAUAUUCCGUACCUUGAAUAACACCUCACGUGUUUUCAAGAAUGUAGUCUCACAGCAAGUCGUUGCUAUCGAGCGGCGGCCAGGUGGGGCGAAGUUUGAAGACGUCCGCGAUCUUGUCUCGGGCGCACGAGGCAAAGUUGUAUUCGAGAACGGUGAUCCUGACUACGGGAUUUGGACUGCAGGUCUUGUACUUGGCUUGAUCAAGGAUAUCCCGACGUGCGAAGAGCUCUUGUCGCGCAUGGAGAGGGAUGCAGAAGAGAUUAUCAAUGGGAUGGCCAAGCUAGUCAAUGCGAAGGCUAAGUUGUAAUGUUGUAUACCUCGUUAUCGUGAUAUCACCUUGUUGUUUGUUUUUCGUAAGUAGCAACUAACCUAAAUGGUAUGU